CGAGGCGCUUUUAGUUCGAUUUAUUCUGCAAUAUGGAUGGAAGGACCUACUUGGAAUUUGGACGAAGAAGCUAAAGUAUGGACUAGUAAUGGUCCAAUUAAGGUCAUAUUAAAACGAUUGGAUAAUUCCCAGAACAUAAAUCAAGAUUUCGUAAAUCAAGUAAUUAUACAGAUAUUGUAAGUGUUUGCAAAGCGGUUCACUUGCAGAUUAUUUCGGUAUUACUAAAGAUCUGACAUCGUGUUACAUGUUCGUUAUGAGAUAUUAUGAAAAAGGAAAUUUAUAUUCGUAUCUUGACGAAUCCAUGGGAAUCCUUUGCUGGAGAGAUAUUGUAGAUAUUUUAUGGGCUAUAUCAGCUGGUCUUAAUUUUAUUCAUGAACGUGGUCUCAUCCACGGGCAUUUACAUGGAGGGAACGUACUGGUUGAGAAUGAAAUGUAUUCGAUAGAUACUAAAAUUACAGACACAGGAUUACACGGUCCUGUUGAUAAACAAAUAUCUUCUAAACAAAUUUACGGCGUAAUACCUUUCAUUGCUCCCGAAAUCUUUAAUGGAUACACAUUAACCAAAGAGUCUGACAUAUAUAGCUUCGGCAUGAUCAUGUGGAUGUUAUCAGCUGGUGUACGCCCUUAUUGUAAUAGACCUCAUGAUUCACAACUUAUACAAGAGAUUUGCUCAGGAACCAGACCGAGUAUAGUCAGUGGAACUCCACCUGUUUUCGCUAGAUUAAUGUUACAAUGUUUAGAUGCUGAUCCGUUCAAUAGACCAACAGCAUCUCAACUUUACGAACGUUUAGGAAAUUGGGUCACAGCAAUAUGCGACGAUCCUGAUCCGUCGGAUUUAUCUAAUCAAUUUGACAUUGCUGAAAAAAUUAAAUUCUCAAAUUUAGAACAGUUACAUUUUAGCAUUUUACCGUGUCAUGAGAGAGCCAUCUAUUACAGUCGACCAUUAAAUUUUUCGGAACCAUUUCUUUACGAAAAAAUAUAAAAAAGGAACAUAUUGUAUAUCGCAACAUGAAUCGCUAUUAUCGUUUAUUUUUUUUUGCAUAAAUGGAAAUACUAAAAUCGUUAGUAAAAUCGCGGGUAAGAAAAAAAUUGGCUUAGAUUGACAUCCUAAUUCGGUUUUACGCCGAUUCGUUACACUAUAAAUUCCUUUCCCAAAAUUCGUUUUAUUCUUUUCAUCAUCGUUCAUGAAGAAUCACACACAAACUUAAAUCGUAAUUUCAACAUUUAUAGCAAAUGUUUAUUUAUAUCGAGUGUUGUUAUGUAAUUAACUAUGUAAUUUCUCACCAUUUUUUUAAGAUUUUU